AUUCGAUCAACGAAGAAGCAAAGUAACUUGUUGCAAAAUGAAGAUCCUCCUCACUUUCGGGUUUUUUCUGGUCGCUGGAAUUCUGAACUCAAACAUCGCUCAAGCGGAAAAUCCGAAGACACCUGCCGUAAAAGAGAAGUACGUGGAGCUUCUCGGGAAGGUGAAGGUCAACCCUCUCAGUGAAUACGAUAGUGACGAAUAUGAUGAAGAACUCGUGAAGGCAAAGUGUAACAAGAACGGUGGACCCACCGCGUACAAUACUGCCGUUCAAGGCUUGGCAGACUUGCAAAAUACAAUUGAGUCCAUAAUAAACUCAACGGACAACAGCGUCGAAGUAGAUGCUUCUGAUGAUUCGAGCUCUGAAGAGUUGACUUCCGAUGACUUCGGAGUGAUUUGCCUCUCCAUCCACAUUUUGAAGACCUGGGUGAUCAAAGGCAUAGAUGCGAUCAAACCUUGUUUGGACCAAGACGAACGCCAGGCUAUCGAACUUCUUGUAAACAUUUCAUAUCCAGUAAUCGAUUACGUUUGCGAGAACAAUGGAAGUAACCUCAUAGGAUUCUUCGAGACUGGCGGGGCCGAAUGUCUCGAGGAAAAGAGUGACAGUCUGGAGGAGUGUUUCUCCAACUCAACUUCCGCUGAAUCCAUUGAAUCCACCGAGGUCACUACCAUCAGCAGCCCCACCGCCGCAAUUCCGAAACCAUUCGAUCUUCCACAAUUUGCCGUAGACGUGGAAGAUUGCACCGAGUUCGAAACUGUACAAAAUUGCAUCGUCGGAAAGUUGAACGGAUGCUCGCAGAGGACACCUUCGAACUUCGUAAAUUCUAUCUUCAACAUCAUCAAGAGAGAAUCAGGCUGCAGAGCGGUACUCAAAGCACGCGCAGAACAGGCUUCGGAGGAUCUGUAAAUGUGUAUGAGCCUAUGCAACCCCAUGAAACGAGAAACAUUCACUGAUUCGUGUUCAUU